GUCACUGGUGCCAUUGUCAAUAUGACAUCUGCUAUAACUACAAUGGAAAUGGAUAACAAAAAGAGGCAAAGUAACAUUUUUGAUUAUUUUUUUGUAUCCGGGAUUUCGAGAAGAAGUUUGCUGCGCGUACCUGCUGUUGGCAAGGAUGAUGAAAAUAUAUUGGAUACUGCCUUCAGACCUUCUGUUUUAUACCGUUUUCCUACAAACGUCCCGGAAAAUUCAUGGAAUAUAUCCAUCCAAGGUACACUGAUGCAAUUAUGCCAUCCUGGAGGUAUUUCAGUCAGAAUGGGGGAGCCGGAAAAUGAUGAACCAGUUUAUCACUCAUUCUUAUCAACGAGGGAUGACGGGUUUCGAACUUACGGACAUGUUUUGACCUAUUUUGAAGCAAUUUCUGAUGAAACAGUUAUAGAAAAAAUUAGAAAUAGUAUUCAAAAUGCAGAUGAUGCUUCACAGAAUGAUAACGAAAAAAUAUACGCUCAAAAAUGUAUUUGUCUCAGUAGUAGGCAUUCGUACAUAAAUACGGCUGAAAAACUAUUACGGAUGUUGUACAAAAUAUUUGUUACAGAAAAGAGAGAACUAAAAGGCACAAAUUUGCCGAUUGAUAGUUAUAUUUACAAUCUUUUAUUUGAAAUGCCAAUACCAUCAAUGGGAAAUAGUCUUGCACUGAAAUGGAACUCAGAAAAGCCAAUUAUCGUACAGCAUCCAUCAAUCACAGAACUUCCUUUUAUAGACAUACAUUUAUCAUCGUUAUUUAGCCUUGUUGGCGGACCCGCUAAUGUUUUACGCGUUUUAACAAGCGCUUUUCUGGAACAUCAAAUUAUAUUUGUUUCGAAAGACUGCCAUCAACUGAUGCAAGUUGCUGAAGCAGUAACUUCUCUAAUGUUUCCAUUCCAGUGGCUGCAUGCAUAUGCUCCUGUGCUACCGUACAAACUUGCCCAUAAUUUUUUGGAUGCCCCUGUUCCUUAUAUUAUGGGUAUUCCUCUUGGUUCUUCUGAAGAAAAGUUAAACCGAUUGAGUUCUGAGUUUGAUCAAUGUUUUGUUGAUCUUGACAAAGGUGCGGUUGAUUGUCCAGAGGAUCAGCCGAAUUUUCCUAAUCAAAUUAUAUUAACCCAACAGUUGAAUAUGUUUUAUAAAAAGCAUUUGAAACAGAUCGAAAAAAUUGAUAUAGUGAAAGAUGAUUUGAGUGAGGAUGCAGAAAUUGUGCCACCAGUUCCUGACAAAGAAAAAAGUGUUCAACGUUCUACAUCAUCAUUACAUCGCAGAAACGCUCAUAAGAGAACUUCGAAAGUUUACGAAGAUGGUCGUGAAAUUAAUGUUCAGAUUUCAGACAAAAUCCCAUCAACCGAAACUAACGAUGCAAGUAUUGAAGUUGAAAAUGAAAUUGAUCCAGUUGAGGAGUUAAAAAAUCUUCAUGCUGUCAGUAUUUCUCCGAUCAAGUUUUCUACUCCUCCACCUUCCCCAGUAUCGGAGUUAAAAACGAUGAAAGCAGAUGAAAAAGAAAUUCAGGAACAAAUUUUUAAUAUCAAAGUACGAGAAGCUAUUUUCGGCAGUUUAGUGUCGUUGUUUUCACAAUACGAUAAAUUUGUCAUCCACCCAGAUGUCGACGAAAGUGAUCUCGGAAAGGGAUGGUUUCUUACUCGCGAGUCACAGCAAAAUUUUGAUAAAGCUUCAUUUCUAUCAGAUCAACCUGAAUGUCACUUAAAAUUCUUGUCUGCUUUUCUAGAAACGCAACCGUUUGCUACUCUAGUUGACAGCUCAAUUUUAUCACAAUUUGAUAAUUCUGUGAAGGACCCAAAUUUAAGGCUUUUCGACGAUAGAAUAAAACAGGCGAAAAGCAUGCCUCGUCCAGAAAAGGGGGGAAAGGAUAUUACUCCACAAGUACCUGGGUUAGAUUUUCUUCAUCGUUCAGUGUCUAUUAUAUCGGCUGGACAAAGCGCGAAAUUAAGCAUAGAAAAAUGGAUGAAAAAUUCUGAAAAUGCGCUGAGAAGAAGAUACAAUAACUUAAAUGGAAGAUAUCCCAGACUCCGAUUGCUACAGAAACCUGAUAUGGGUAUUAUAGAAGAAGAUGAAACUGAUAAAGAAGAAGUGAAAUCAAACGAUGUAUUUCCUAAUAUAUUAUGUCCGGCGUUGCUCCAAGAAAGAAUGAAAGAUUCUGAGCAAAAAGUGUUUCAAUCGUCAACUAUUGAUCCUGAUGCAGAAUGGCAGGAACUACAACGCACAAAGAAAAGAUUAGCAAGGCAACCAAGUAUGUCUGAAUUUUCUCCAGAAAUGAUAGCGCAAACUAACUGGAAAUUCCUUGAAAAAUUGUUGAAAGACGUGAAAGGAAAAACUAACAAAUUGGUUGUGAGAAAAAUGGGACAAGAAGCUGUCGCACUAGGACACACAGAAUCUAGCAUUAUGGGCCUCGAGGAAAAUACACUCAUUGGUAGUUUAUGCGACCUUUUAGAAAGAAUAUGGUGUCAUGGAUUACAUUCUAAUCAAAAGACUGGAAAAUCAGCGCUUUGGUCACAUUUACUAAGAUAUGAAGAAGAUUCUGUAAGGAUAAUGAGAGUUCCAACACACAACGUUAUGAAUACAGUUGGUGGGGCUAGGCUUACUGGCUUGGGACAACAUACUCAGUCAACUGGGAGGUUAUCAAUGACGCCAGAAUCUCCUUUACAUCUUUCUCCCCAGUCAGCUAGAAAAUUUGCAGACGAGGUCCGAUUAGAUCGCAGAUUUUCUCAGCCGGUCGUGGUUUCUGACAGUCAAUAUAUUUCUCCCAUACCAACUGAUAUUGUUAGUAAUAUUAAAAGAAUAAGACAAUUACGUGAAGUCAAAACAAAUGUUGGAAAAUGCCGAGCAUGGAUACGACUUUCAUUAGAACAGAAGCAACUUCAAGUUCAUUUGAAAAAACUUUUAUCAAAUCGACCUUUGUUGCAAACAAUGUACAAGCGAUACUCAUUGUUGAGAUGUGAUGAUGAGCGUGAACAAUUUCUGUACCAUCUUUUAUCAUUAAAUGCCGUUGAUUUUACUUGUUUUACUAAUUCUUUCACCAAAACUACAAUCCCUUACCGUGUUUGGAUUUUUCCGAAGAAGCAACUAAGUGGAAUUUCUCAAACUUCCGCCAAUGUGUACAUAAUGAUAUCAGGAGAACUUGCAUGCACAGGCGUAAUUUCUGUUCCUAAAAACUGUCUGGAAUUCAGUUUUCAACAGCAAAAUCUUGGGGUCCUCACAACGAUGAUACUUGGACAUGAUAAUGCUGGCAUGCUACCAAAAUGGCUCGUUGAAUAUGCUAUUGUUCGGAAUGAAGUAUCUGGGCAAGCAUAUUAUUUACCUUGUGGACGUUGGUUGGGAAGUAGCAUCGAUGACGGCAGCACACAAAGACUGCUGCUGGCUCAUACAAUACCUCAUGCUAAGGAUCUUAAUAUCUUUAUACAUGAAGUUUCAUCAGGUAAAAAUCAGCUCGGCGUCUACCCUGUUGUACAAAAAAACCUUAUCGAUGACUUGAGAGAUUAUGUGGGACAAGCUGUCAACGCCGUCGUGAAGCAUUUUCAUCGCCCAUCGCAAGAUACGUUAUGUCCAGGAGCUCUCACACCACUUUUAUGUAAACCAAAUGGUCUUAUACCGGUUUUAAUACAAGUUUUUCAACAUGGUUUGAAGAGCGCUGGAUUUUUUCGAAAGCAGAUUUACGCUUGGGAUGUUAUUACUACGGCUUGUGAUAUAUUAUCAGGAAGGUCUUUAGCUGUAAAACAAGAACAAUCACUAUACAGAUCCACAUUAAACAAUUUAGGGGAUUUCAUACGAAACACAAGUCCUCAGCGAAGUAUCACUGCACCAUCUCAAUCCUCUUCGGGGCGUAACUCACCACAAUUCAGUGCUCGAGAUGAGGAAGGACCUGUUUUUUCAAAAACCGGUCCAGCGGAUGUUAAAGCGAUCACAAACCGAUUACUAUUUCUGCAAAACAUAAUCAAAAGCCAACAAGAACGGGGAUUAGGUAAAGAUGACAUGUUUCAAGUCCUCGUUUGUGUUGGAUUAAGAGAACGUUGCCUAUCAGAAUGGCUGAAAAGUAUUUCGUCAGUAAUUCGACAAGGAACACAACUUUAUGAAAGACAUGCAUUCAUGUGCAAUUCACAAGCAAUUUUAGCGCUUGCAUCGGUCUUGACUAAUUUAUCAGAGUAUUCUAUAACUUUUGAGCCAAUAUUAUUAAGAGGAUUAGAUGAAUUAUUAUCAGGUCGUUAGUUCUGUUUGAACUCAUUAUAUCCUGUUACCAAAUUCUUGCCAAUGCUUUAAAAACGAAGUUGAAAUUAUGUUGUAUCCUACAUAAAAUAUUUAUUUUAGUGUGCUGUGCAAUCUAUCGUAUUAUAACUAUUGAUUAUGUCUUUAUUGGAAUUACACCUAGUACUUAGUGAGAUUGCAUUUACUGAUUGACAAGUUCAUUAUUGGUGAAAUAUGAAAUUUCUGACUGCGUUACUUUGUAUGUGGGCAUAAAACUAAUUCAAUCUUUCGAUAGUUAGUCCAGCCAGAGCCACUCAGGAUGAAAGUUUCAAUUUCGUACAUAUAUUUUCAUGGGUAUAUAUUUUGAAAUUAAAUUUUAGAAGUUUAGAAGGAAAAUCAAUAUCUAUACAAUUUAACAAAUUAAUAUUUUGAAUAUAGUAUAAUCCUAGUUUAGAUAUUUCAAAACGAAUUUUGAAUUAUUAUUUCAAUCAGAUGUGGCCAUGUUUAUUUAAAAAAAACAGGCUUCCCAAAUCUUGGGCGGUGUCAUUUACAUCAUGUCUGAAUAUUAAAAGUAGGAAUAUCUUCCAAGCAUGGGCCAGUAUUACAGUGCACUUAUUUUAUAUACAUCACCUUUAAAUCAUGCUCGGUUUGGUAUAUAAGACAGCUAAGAUUAUUUUAAAUUUGUAAAUCCUUUUUCUUGCUAGUAAAUUCUAUAUAUGGUUCUUUACUGGUAAAUCAAGCUUUAUAUAAACUUAUAUCUGGAAGUUUGAACUAUAUUAGGAUGCAACGUUUCCUUAGUAAUGAAUACGUUACUUGCAAUAACAUUGCCCGACCUUUUACAACAUAUACAAUAUCCUGUAUUCAUCAUUCACGUGCUUAUAAACCUUUUCAAAAUAAAUCAGAAUAUUGAUCUACUAGCAUAACAUAUUGAGAAAUUGUAUUUUAUUUCAACAUAAUGUUACGAACUUGGUUAUACUGUUCCAUGUGUGAACUGUAGAUAAAUAAAUAAACCUGUGAUUCCGUAAUGCACGCUUGACCGAUUUUUUUGGGUUAAAUCAAAGUCCUGAACUAAAAUAUUUUGACGUAAAUUUGAAAAAACAAAAAUAAUUCUUGUUUGUUUUGGGAUUAUUCUUUCAUAAAUGAAUAGCUCAGAGAGGCAUUAUGAUAAUAGGAAUGCCAAAGAUAAUUAUAUUAAUGAUUAUUAUAUAAUUAGAUUAUAAUUAUAAUCUAACUAUAUUUUAAAAAAUUUUUUGACUCAUUAAUAUUGAAUAAAUUCGAAAUGAAGUCAUUUUUCAUUAGCUCAACUUGAUAACAGGGUAAGGAAUUUUUUUGACUCUUUUAACCCGAAAAAAUAUUUCUGUAAUAAAAAAUUUGCUACCUGAAUUUUAAUAUUCGAUUUUCUUUUGUUUUUCUCGUUUUGCUAUAUUAUACCAUAAUGUGAUUUUUUUUCUUUAACUAUUAUUCAGCCGAGUAAAAGAGUCAAGGAAUGACCAAAACUGUAUCAAUCCAAUAUUUCGAAUACAUUCUCAAAUUAGAAUUACGGUAUUAAAUAUUGAGUCUUGUAUUGAAGUGUUUUUCAACCUACCGUAUUUGAUCACGACCCACUUGGCAAGGCCAAAUUUUUUCGCAACCUCUGUGAACUGAAAUAAAAAUAAGUAAAACAAUACAGCGAAAAAAAAAGAUAAUAAUAACAUAGAUAAUACAUUUACCGAAAUUGCUUAUUUUCACACAAAAGAUCGAUCAUUGGCACUAUUUCGGUGAUGGUGCGUCUCAGUAUCGUUUCCAAAUUUGAUCGAUAUUUUGUUUCAACAUACCGUAAGUUAGUGUGGAAAAAAAAUUUUGUUGCUACCCCCAUUGACCCCUUUUGCGUCACCCACCGUGCGGUCGGGACCCCAGUUUGAAGAGCCCUAUUCUGAAAUGAAGUAUGUUUAACAGGAAAUUUUCAUUGUAAUAUUGUAUUCAUUUAAAAAAUUAAAUUUUUAAAUUCAUAAGCAGUCUGUAUAAAUAUUGUUUUUUGUGCGACCAUACCUGAAAUUCCAUAUGUAAAAAUGAAAAUAUGUCAAGUUAUUCUUAGAAUGAAGAAUUGACCAAUUCUUAUAUGUAAAUAAAUUAAAUUACUUCAUUUAAUAUUGUUUGGUAAAGUCCAUUUACUAAUGAAGCUUAAUCAUGGCUAGUGUAUCCUCUUCCAGUAUUAUUAAACUCCUUGUAUUAUAAUAUUCAUCACCACUGCGAUAUAUUUUCUCUUUCUGACUAUUUAAUAAUGAUUUUGAUGUUCAGCAUUACUUGUUUUUCUAUGUAGCUUUUGAUUACGUUUUCAUGAAGCGUGCCUUGUUACAUUUCAUUGCCAUUUGCUACAAUGUUGUAGGAGUUUUCUAGUACACUCCUUUCUUUAUUAUUUUAGAAGAAGAUUAUUUACAGAAUGGUGUAAAUAAUUUGAAUUCGAAUUUAUGAAUAUUUGGAAAUAAAAAUCAUAAUGGCAGUUUUAUUCGUAAACUUUGGAAUUUUGUAGAAUAAAGUUUUUCGUCAAUAUUCGA